AGAUUAAAAGCCCGGCCCAGGUACGUCCAGGAUAGGCCCAAUGGAGCCCAAUAAGAGAAAUAGGGGACCGACCGGGAAAACCGGAGAAUCAAGAAUGCGACGGCAACGGCAUCGAGAUCUCUGCAGUGAAACACAAGAAAAGAGGUCGUAAUUAACGGCUUUUUUUGUCUUUAGAUAUUUUCAUAUCCAUGAUUUUCCUUUUUUUUUAUUUAAUUUAAUAAAUUAUUGUUUGAAAUGUUUGGCUAAGGAAUCAAUUCUGGGCAUUGACUUGCAGACAGAGAGGAAGAGAUUCCUCUACGAGGAGGCUGCUAAAAAAAAGGAAACAGAGAGAGAAGGGAAAUUGCUUUUCUUUCUUUCUUUGCUUUACUUUGCGAAGGUCAGCACUCAACACUUAGUAGCAAAGCCUUUGACAUGGAAAUGUUAAAUCUUUUCUUGGUUUGCUUUUCUUUUACUCUACCAGUGGUUACGUGUGCUUCGCUUUCUUUUAUGGUUAAAGUGGUAUACACACAUGUGCAGCCCUAGCUAACGUGCUUCACUUUGCCCUUAGUUAUUUUAAGACUUUGAUUGGAUCUAACACGAAUCCAACGUUAAGUGUGUGUUUAGAUUUUGUGGUUUGAUUAGAGUCAACUAGUUUAGUUCACUCUUCUUGUUUUUACUCUGUUUGUGUAGUGUCAACGCCAAAGCAAGAAAAAGAGAGGCUAUAGCUAGCUGAGCUAGCUAACAUAGGAAGCUUCCUACUACCCUUCCUAUAGUUUUGCUUUGGCUUUGCCUUUUUUUUUUUUUUUUACCUCUUUUUGUUGGAUUUGUCGUUGUCUCGUCUCUUUAAAUUUGCAAAGAGAGAAGACCCACCACAGCACUAUUAACCUCUGCUUGUUUCAGUAUCAGUAUCAGUAUCAGUAACACUCUCUGUCUUUUAAUUCUCUCUAACUCUGGCUCCUCCAUUCAGAAACAAACAGUUAGUAUUUUCAAGUUUUAAAUCAAUGGAGCUCUGUGAUUCCUGGGCCUCACUCCCAAGUCGAAAGAGAAAAUUGCAAGAAGAAGAUGAGGUCAUGCUCAACUUCUGUAUGGAAGAGCUCAAUCAAGACCUUCUUGAAAGGGUUCUUUCUUGGCUACCAACUUCCACAUUCUUUCGCCUUAGGUCAGUAUGCAAGAGAUGGAAAUCAGUAGCAGAUUCUGCUAGUUUCAAGCUUGCCUGCUCCCAGAUUCCUUCACGAGACCCAUGGUUUUUCAUGGUCGAUCCAAAUCUUAACAAAUGGACCAUCUUUGACUCUGCUGAAAGAAGUUGGAAGAAACUCGAUCAUCCACCUCUCCUCCGGCAAACCUCUGCUUGUGAUUCAUUACCUGUUGCAGCUUCUGGUGGCUUAGUCUGCUUUCGCAGUGAAUCAGGUGACCUAGUUGUAAGCAAUCCCGUGACAGGAUCUUGUCGCAAACUCCCUCCAGUCCAUCCAGCCACAGAAAACCAAUCUCUUAAUGCCAUUGCAAUGAGUACAUGCUUGAAAAGCCAGCAAUCUUACAAGCUAGUUUUGGUAUCUGGUGAACUACCAACACUGUCAUGUAGAAUCUAUAAUUCAGAUACCAAUUGCUGGGAAGAAGAGAUUUCAUUAAAGAGAAAGGUUGACGAGUCCCAAGAAUUUGACUCACCUGAUGAUAAUGCUGUCUACUUUCUUAGUAAAGCUGGAAAUGUUGUGGCUACAGACAUGCAAAGGAGCCCAUCUAAGCAAUACUCAUCAGUUAUGAGUGUUAAAGAUGGAGAGGAAAUUGCUUAUUUCCUUAGCUCAUCGGGGACAAUUGUAGCCUGCAAUCUAGCGAGUAAGUGGUUCUUCGAGUACCCAAGACUAUUACCUGUGUUUUAUGAGUACUCCAUUGAUGUGUUGGAGUGUGGAGGAGAAAUGCUAGUUGUUUUGCUAUCAGAAUUUUUCGGAAGUGCAAGCAUUAGAGUAUGGAGGUUUGACGAGGAUAUCCGAUCAUGGCAACAGAUUGCAGCAAUGCCUCCAGCAAUGUCACACGAAUUCCAUGGGAAGAAGGUAGAUAUCAACUGUGUUGGAGCUGGUAACCAGAUAUUUAUCUGCUUGAACUCUGCUGAGUUCUUCAGUUAUGUUUUGUGUGAUUUGAAUACUAAUGAUUGGGUUGAAUUGCCAAAAUGUUUCAUGAACGGUGAAGCUGUGGAAUUCAUGUCUGCCUUCUCGUUCGAACCACGGAUUGAGGCUUCUGUCUGAGAACAAGUUUAUUUUACAGGAUUAGAGAUGUAUUAAUGAUUGUAAUUGCUUUUUGUGAUUCCUUUUUUUUCCCACUUAAUAUUCCUCAAAAUUUCCUUGUUUGUUCUCUCUGUUGUAAUUUUUUUUCUUCUUAUAUUCUUUUGUGAUUGAUUAUUUUGGCAACUUAGCCAAUGGAGGUUAAGAUGAAGCUGUCAAUGGAAAUUUGCCUGAUUUCUUUAUUGAUAA